AUGCCGGUUCGGAUCGAUGAUAGGUUGAGCAUAUUCUUUGCAACAUUUACUGCCUUCACGCUGUUCCGAGAAUUGCAUUUUCGGGCGACCCUUGGCAAGAUAGGCAGCGACGUACAUCUGAAAGCGCUCCUGGCCGCGAUAUUUGCCUUUUCACGGAAGUCGAUGGAGUUUGGCAAUGGGAAUACCACUACCGGCUUUGUAAGGGAUCCGGACGCAACUUUGUCUUCCUCACAAUACAAUGACCAGGCUGUGUUUUGGGUUGAUGCGGCCGUUGCGGAAUGCGGAGAUGACCCGCCUCCAUUGUGCGUGCUUCAGGCUUUGGUCCUGGUGACGCAUUGGUUACUGAUUCGGCGCGUCCGUGGGCGUGCCUGGCGCUCCAUGGGCCUUUGCAUCCGCAUAGCAUAUGAGCUGGGCCUGCAUACAAUCGACAAGGGGCGGGAUUUCGAAGUCACCAAACAAGCACCAGAAAGGUGGUGCGAAGACGAAGAGCGUCGGCGCACGUGGUGGGCCAUAUGGGAAAUGGAUGUCUUCGCCUCUGUGCUUUACCGCCUUCCGUGCACGAUCUCUUGGAGCUCGACUCAGGUCUGGCUCCCUGCGCCCGACGAAAACUGGCUCCAGUCGCAACCACAAAACAGUUGUUUUCUUCACCCAGGCCUGGUAUCUCGGUCUCAGGAGCUUCAAGCAAGUGGCAAUGAGUCGCCCAAAGCAUGGUUUAUCGUGCUAAACUCGUUGAUGGCAGAAGGACAUGCCUUCUCUUCUCGCGUAGGCAAUGGGGCAGUUGUUACAAAGGAACCUACAUUGGGCGGGGAACAAUAUGCCAGCGACAACCGACUUUUCCUUGAGAGGUUGAUGAAUGCAAUCCAGCUGUGUGCCCUUAGCAUACCUUCCAAGUACAAGUACCGAGGCCAAUAUCUGGAUUUCGGCACGAUGCAGUACGGGCAACGGGAUCGAACGUCGACGAUCCGCACACAAAGCGCGGUGUACGAGUUAGCCUUGAUGCAAGAAGUGGCGAAGCUGAUGGCGUUGAAGAACGCAAUUUUUGAAGGCGGAGCUGCGAGCCUGCUUCGAAAGGCCCAGGACUUGGGCCUGGGCCUGAGAAGUCAAAGCGGCCAGGGAAAUACAGGUCAAACCCUAGACAGAUAUUUCCAGGCCUCGCACGCGAUAUUCAGCCAUCUGUUCAGUAGCCACGAGACGCAUGUCCAAUACGUGAACCCUUUCAUUGCACACGCGGCAUGGAUGGCGGCAACUGUACAACUUCUUCAGCAUGCGUUGACGAUCAAUGAAGCUCAACGAGAGGUUGUCAAGUCAAGGUUUGAGCUGUUGAAAGCCAUACACAAACAGUGGGUCGAGCAUUGGUCGAUGUCAGAAGUCCCGCUACACCGCCUUGUCGUUCUUGAAGCUCAACUGAGAAGGCUGGUUUGCCUUUCGAGGCACCCAGCAGAGCCACGACGACUCUUGAGCCCUGCGCCUGCGGCAGAUAAGUCUACACGACUACAACACCAUUGCCCAGACGUCGGGAACGGCAAUUCUGCCUCUGGCUCCGAUGGACUUGGACUGAAUGGCUUGAUGCACAAAGCCAGCGGGCAGCAGAGACCGGCAGUAUCGCUCGGUAGGGAGUCGGUACCUGCGGCAUUACCAAAUCCUCCUGUCAUAAUUGAGUCUUUACCCAAUGACAUGCAUAUGGGUAAUCAGGUGCAGCAGGUUCAGACCGGUGGAUUAGAACUUCAAAUGAUGGCCGAGACAUCACGACAAGGUUUGGGUCCGACGACUGACCCGGUACUGGCAUCGGAUGCAAAUAGAGCCACUCCAAACUCGGCGGCCCAAUGGCCAAAGCAAUCUAUGCAGGUGGACCUGUUGGAUGACGCUGCCAUGUGGAACGACAUAUUCCCCGAGGAAACAACCAACUUCAGCCUCCUGACAGACAAUAAAAUGAUUGGAGAGGUAUCAAGCUAUCUGGACGAGAUCUUCUCGGGGCCUGAUUUUUGGUGA